CUGGGUCCGUGUAUCCCACAACACACAGGAGUCAGUUCGCUCUAAGGUUUCGUGUGAAGAGACGUUACGGUCGAAAGAAAAAGUGGAGACUCACAACGCGCAGCGGCAAACAAGGACCAGGCCCGGUCUGCUCCAGUUCCUCCCUUCAGGUAUCGCUCGCGCUCUCCAGUCGACCGUGGAGCGGUGGAGUGAGAUGCAUCCCCAGCGUCCGAUGGCCCAGGCCAUGCCCUCCUCACUGGGCCAGAACCUGAGAGAUGCAGCUCUGAGGAUGGGCCAUGGCAAGAACUUGCUGGGAGGGAAUGUGGCUUAUGGAGUUAUCCAGUCUCUUAAAGAGUGCCUCUACUUCCUGCUCUGCUGCUGGUGCAUCAAAGAGAUCCUAGACUAAGAGAAAGAGCCUUUAAGUCAGUGGAUGAUUCAUCACAGAUGUGUUGACGCUUUGGCCUGAAACUACAUCUCUUCACACAUGCAUAAACACACGGCUCACGACUAUGAGAGGUUGCUGUAGUAAUGUACUCUAAAGCAGUGCAUCACAUAGGCUUCAUAUGAGGCAAACAGACCGCAUCCCUGUCAACACGCUGGUGGUAUUCAAACAUGUUUUAAACAACACUGUUUGAGAAAAUU